CUCUCUCUCUCUCUCUCUCUCUCUCUGUGACUUGGAGGUUCCUAGUUUGUUUACUUUAGCUUAGUAUCUAUUCUUUCCCUUGUAUUUUUAUUGGGUCCUUUUGGGAUCUCUGGAUUUCUUGCACUGCAACGCAUCCCAUAAUAUACUUAACCCUCCCUCUCACUCAACCUCCAGUAUUCCACCCUUCCUUUUCUCUUUCUCAACCAGAUUAAAUACUCAUCUCUCAUCUCUCCUCUUUUACUCCCUCUCCCCCACCCCUGUCUCUACUCCAAGGCAUUUCCUCUCUCCCUCUCUCUAAAUAGUUGCAGGUGUUGCUCCUCUGGAGGAGGGUGAAACAUGGCUGGUCGCAACAGAGGCGAAGAGUAUUUAGCUUCCCAGGAGGAGGAGGAUGCAACAUUAGGGAAGAAAUAUGGGGGACUUAUGCCUAAAAAGAAGCCCUUAAUCUCAAAGGAUCAUGAACGUGCAUUCUUUGAUUCAGCAGAUUGGGCUUUAGGGAAGGUAAUGAAAACGAGUUUAUAUUCAUGUUUGCAAGGAGCUGGCUUGGACCAAAAAUCAAAAGCAGAUGUAGAGGCACUGCGUCCAAAGUUGCAGCGAACUCCUCAUCAGCAGGUCCCUCCUCGUAGACCAGCCUGUACAUCAGGGAGAGAUGUCCUAGCCGAGUAGAUGCAACUGAGGGCACAAAGCAUGGUGUCUGCUACCCAAAUAACUAUUUCAACCCACACAGUCAUGGAGAUCACAUGAAUUUUAUUUAUCUGAAAUCCCUAAUUUACUACAAUACUCUAGAGAGAGAGAGAGAGAGAGAGAGAGAGACUAAUGUAAUGAGGAUCUGUAUUUCAAUAUCAUGUGUAUACAUAUUACAAUUGUUGCCUAUGUAUGAAUGGAAUGGUUUCUGAUUCAGUAA